AUGGAAAAACAGACAAGACAACAGCAGCGAGAGCGGUCCCAACAUGGUCCCAUGUCAUCAUCCCGCAAGCGCGCAGAGUCGCAUCAACCCCAGACAUUGACUCCACCAUAUGCGCAACGAUCAUCCGACGAGGGGCAACUGUCUCAACAAGCUGUCAUUUCUGCAUAUCUGAGAUCGUCAUACUCUGAUGAUGACACGGGACGUCCAAGGAGAUUCUCAUCAGCUGAGCAUUACUAUUCGCCGUCGCCAGCACACCACAACUCGCAGGGACAGAUUCGAAGAAUAAGCGGUAACUUCAACGCGCCGACGGACAUGGAGUUGGAGCGACAGAAGGACUUCAAGAAGAGUUCACGUGGUCUGGGGAAACUCAAGAACGCUGUCAGGGGUCUGGUUAGGGUGUGA